AUGGGUCUUUUCAUCCUCACCGAGACGAGGUACAGCUCCAAUGCGAGACCAGGAGAGCUAACGGAACUUCGCAGCGCGGGUUAUGCCCUGCUCAAGUCCAAGGACAAGAAGCUCUUUGGCAAGGACGACUCGCCCAAAGACGUGUCUUCGCUGGUCGACUCAUUGAAGCUCAAGAAGUUUCAGAAAUUCGAAAAUGCCGUCACUGCGCUUAACGAAGCCGCGGCCUUGACCGACGGCAAGGUCAGCUCCAUGCUGUCAAACCUGCUGCAGGAGCUCAAGGAUGAGACCAAGGCAUCAUUGGCUGUUGCUGACCCCAAGCUCGCCAAUGCCAUCGCGCAAGUUCCCGGACUCUCACUAAAGCUCAUUUCCGACUCGUCAACCCAGGAUGUCUACCGUGCGAUUCGCGAGCACAUGGUUUCGCUCAUUCCUGACCUCGUUCCCGCCGAGAUGGACUCCACCCGUCUCGGUCUCGCGCAUUCGCUCUCGCGCCACAAGCUCAAGUUCUCGCCCGACAAGGUCGACACCAUGAUCAUCCAAAGUAUCGCCAGUCUCGAUGUGCUCGACAAGCAGCUCAACACAUAUGCUAUGAGAGUCAAGGAGUGGUAUGGAUGGCAUUUCCCCGAGCUUGCCAAGAUUUUGAACGACAACAUGGCCUACUCAAGGGUCGUGCUCAAGAUGGGCUUCCGCACAAACGCACGAGAGACUGAUCUCUCGGGUAUCCUGCCUGAAGAAAUUGAGGCCGCCGUCAAGGCUGCUGCUGAGAUCAGUAUGGGUACUGAGAUCACCGAUGAGGACUUGGAGGCCACUAGCGCUCUGGCUGAGCAGGUCGUUGACCUCACUGAACAUCGCCAAAACCUUGGCAACUACCUCUCUACACGCAUGCAAGCACUUGCUCCUAACCUGACUGCGCUUGUGGGUGAGCUUGUCGGUGCGCGCCUCAUAGCGCACGCUGGCUCGCUCAUGAACCUUGCGAAGUCGCCCGGUUCGACCAUCCAGAUUCUCGGUGCUGAGAAGGCUCUGUUCCGCGCCCUGAAGACCAAGCACGACACUCCCAAGUACGGACUCAUCUACCACGCUUCUCUCAUCGGUCAAGCAACUGGCAAGAACAAGGGUAAGAUUGCCCGUAUGCUCGCCGCAAAGUCUGCCCUCGGUCUCCGUAUCGAUGCCCUCAGCACAUGGGGUGUUUCUUCUGAAGACACCUCCAACGAGCCCACUGAAGAGGAGAAGUCGCAAGUGGGUCGCGAUGCACGCCUUGGAAUCGAGAGGAGGUUGCGCGCUCUUGAGGGCAAGCCACUGAAGAGCCUGAAGGAGAACGCCAACUCGGUCGCGCUCGGACAGAAGAAGUGGGACGUGAAGGAGGCACGAAAGUACAAUGCUGAUGCCGAUGGUCUGACCGGCGAUGAGCCAGCGGCAACGGGAGCGAAGACCAACGGCAAAACACCCAAGAAGCUCGUACAAGAAGUCGAUAGCGACGAAGAGAUGGCCGACGCAGAUGCAGGCGCGUCCGACUCCGACUCCGACUCUGAGGACGCCAAGGCCACACCCAAGGGUGACAGCAAGGCCGCAAAGAAAGCCGAGAAGGAAGCCAAGAAGGCACGCAAAGCCGAACGAGCAGCCAAGCGAGAAGCCAAAGAGGCGAAGAAGGCUGCUAAAGAAGCAAAGAAGGCAGAGAAGGAGACGAAGAAGCGAAAAGCAGACGACGUCGACGGCGAUAGCAAGAAGAAAAAGAAGAAGAGCAAGGAUUAGAAAUCCCUUGCUCCUCGAUCUUAUGUCUUCGUCUGACAUUGUAUGUUUGGAUUCACGUCAUGUCAAAAUGGGGCCGGCGUUCAAAUGGAUUGGCGCAUAAAUGGGUUUGCGACAUAUUGUGUACUAUCUCAUCGCUUCAUUACGGUUCUUCUUUCUUCAUGCAUGAUGGCUGGUGGUGGAAGGGAAGAAUACCCGCUAGUCUGCGAGCAUACCAAUUCCACAUUU